AUGAGGGCACAUAUACAAAGAAUUGAUGAUGCAGUUGCUCGAGGUGAUUCUGAUGAUGGAGGAGAGCCUUUGUUCCAUCCUGAUGUCAUUAUUUAUGGUAAACCACCACCUGAAGGGGAGCCAUUUGAUCUAUACUCUGCUUCUAUAGCAGAAGCAGAGGUUGUACGACACGCAAAAGAAGUGCCAAUGGCGCUAAAAGAGCGGACAGCUUGUCCUCAGUUUAUUUGGCCUUUGAAUUCAGAGCCUGCACCAAUUCCUGCGCCUGUGCCGAUUCCUGCCCCUGCGCCGAUUCCUGCCCCUGUGCUGAUUCCUGCUCCUACACCGGCCCCUGCAUCUAUUCCUACAUCGAUUCCUGCGUCGAUUCCUGCGUCAAUUCCUGCCGCUGCGUCGAUUCCUGUGUCGAUUCCUACGUCUGCCCCUAAAUCUGUACAAUUACAGAGGACUCGAUCAAAGAAAUCGACUCAGCAAAAGCAGCAAGUCUCUAAAUCUGCUUCUGCGCCUACUUCGACACCUACUUCUAUACCUGUGUCCGAGUCUGUACGACCGCAGCAGAUAAGGUCAACUCAGAAGCGAUUGGAGCCUACAGAUGUCGGUACACCUCCAGCACGUCGAACUCGGUCUCGUCUAGCAAGUAAAAAGGAUUGA